AUGCACUUGAGCCCGGCCCCUCCCCCGCCGCCCGCCCGGGCCGCCUCCGCCUCCUCCUCGUCCCCCGUGGCGCCGACGUGCUCUCCGGGCCGCGGGUCGUGCCGCUCUCCGCCGCCCUCCUCCUCCUCCUCCUCCUGCUCUCCGCCGCUGCCGGGGGGCUGCUCUCCUCCUCCUCCUCCUCCUCCUCCGAGCGGGGUGCGGCGCGUGCGGGUGGUGAAGGCGGAGGCGGGCGGGCUGGGCAUCAGCAUCAAGGGCGGCCGCGAGAACCGCAUGCCCGUCCUCAUCUCCCGCAUCUUCCCCGGGCUGGCGGCCGAGCGCUGCGGCGCCCUCCGCCUCGGAGACGCCAUCCUCGCCGUCAACGGCCUCGACCUCCGCGACGCCACCCACGACCAGGCCGUGCAGGCCCUCAAGCGGGCCGGCAGGGAGGUCCUCCUCGAAGUGAAGUACAUGCGGGAGGCCACCCCCUACAUCAGGAAGCUGUCGCUGGUCUCAGACCUGCCGUGGGAGGGGGCCGCUCCCCAGUCGCCCAGCCUCAGCAGCAGCGAGGACUCCGGCUCCCCGAAGCACUUCAGCCUGGCCAAGGACCGCAAAGUGAUCCCCCUGAAGAUGUGCUACGCUGCCCGGAACCUGAGCAUGCCGGACCUGGAGAACAGGGAGGUCAAGCACGUGGCGUGGCUGGCCGAGCAGGCCAGGCUGGAGGGAGGGAGACAGCUGUGGCGGCCGGCUCUCGUGGCCGUGACGGAGAAGGACCUGCUGCUGUACGACUGCAUGCCGUGGACCAGGGACGCCUGGGCAGCCCCCUGCCACAGCUACCCACUUCUUGCCACCAGGCUGGUCCACUCGGGCGGUGGGAACAGGUCCCCCUGCGCGGGAUCCGAUCUCACCUUUGCCACGAGGACGGGGACGCGGCAGGGCAUCGAGAUGCACGUGUUCCGCGCGGAGACGCACCGGGAUCUCUCCUCCUGGACGCGGAUCCUGGUCCAGGGCUGCCAUUCGGCCGCAGAGCUGAUCAAGGAGGUGUCUCUGGGCUGCAUACUGAACAGCCAGGAGGUCCGCCUCCAAAUCCACUACGAAAACGGCUUCACCGUCUCCAGAGAGGAGGGGGGCUCUGUCAGCAUCCUUUUCCGCUACCCGUUUGAGAAGCUAAAAAUGUCCGCUGACGACGGCAUCAGGAAUCUCUACCUGGAUUUUGGGGGUCCGGAGGGGGAGCUGACGCUGGAGCUGCUCUCCUGCCCCAAGCCCGUCGUCUUCGUCCUGCACACGUUCUUGUCGGCCAAAGUGACCCGCAUGGGGCUGCUGGCGUAGGAGCCGAAGGCCGCCCGGAGCGCCUCCACGGCCCCGCCUUUGCGAGGUCCCCUUCCAGCCUCGGUGCCUUGCCCUGGACUUGCUGCCUGCUGGACGCUUUGCCUGCCAAAGAGCCGUGGCCCUGGGCGGUGGCUGCUGCUCUUGCUGGACUCGCCUUCCCGGGAGAGAAGCGGCUGCGAAGAGGGGUGGCGGCGACACCCUGGGUGGGUGGGGCACUGCCCCUGCUUGCCCGCCGUCCUGGUGGCUGGCUGCAAGAAGGCAGGUGGGAAGAGGAAGCCCUCUGGCACUGCGAAGCCAUUUCUUCUGCUGCUUGCCAACUGUGCCUUUUGGUGGAGGAGGAGGAGGAGGAAGGCUGCCCUGCUGGCCAGACCAGCGGGAGUGUCCUGGGCCCAGCCCCUCUCGUGCCCGGGAUGGGGGCAGGAUGGGGGAGAGGCUGCAGACAGCAGCACUGCAGGUCGUUUCGGGUUGGGCUUAGUUUAUAGGGUGGGUCAGAACUGCCCCCUCCCUCCCUUUUCCUCCGAAGGACAGCUCAGAGAGGAGGGCAGGCAGUCUGCCGCCCUUUCACAGCACUGGCCCCUGGUGGUAGCUCGAGAGCAGAGCUCCUUUGGGAGGCUUCUGGCCCCACAGGGUUGGGUGCCGUGAGGUCUGGGCGGACCCCCGUCCCGGGCUAGGGAGGGUGGCCUCUAGAGGCCAAGGAGCGGGGGGGGGGCGCAGGUGGCCUGCGUGGAAGGCGGGCUGGCCUGGCCUCCUGCCGGAGUUGGGGCCCUGAAGGAAUGGCCCACCCUCUGGCAGCCCAUCUGGGGC